CCAAAGGAAUAAUACUAGAUCAUUGUGUCAUCUGGAGAAUAUCUUCUCGAGGGUUAGGGUUAGGUUUAUAAAUUACAUGUCAAACGUACAAAUUGAAGCUGUAACAACGGUGGAUUGUGGCUAAAACUAUUCUGAAGGGUUAGGGUUAGAUUUGUGGGUAUAAACACUGACAGAUAUUCUACAGAUCGGUCAAGAUCCAGUUAUCGGUUUGCAGUAGAGUUUUUGGAAAUCUCGUUAAAAAAUAAACAGUAAAAAAAUAUUUUGAGAAAAAAAAAAUGGAUAUGAUAUAUAAAACAAACUGAACAAGUUUGAUAAGGAAAAACUAUCACAAUGCCUAGAAGAAAAAGGAGCAAAUUGAUUAAAAAUUUACAACAACAUUGGCGUAAAUGGCGUGAUAGCAUUGCAGAUAAGCCCCUUCCUGAUUCACCAAAUGAACACCUUCCUGAUUCAACAAAUGAACCCCUUCCUGGAUCACAAGAUCAACCUCCUCCUGGAUCACGAGAUGAACCCUUUCCUGGAUCACGAGAUGAACUCUUUCCGAGAUCACGAGAUGAACCUCUUCCUGGAUCACGUGAUGAACCCCUUCCUGGAUCACAAGAUCAACCCCUUGCUGCUUCACCAGAUCAACCCCUUCCUGCUUCAAGAGAUGAACUCCUUAAAGGAUCACCAGAUCAACUGGAAACUAAUAAUGUUAAAACAUUCCAUCAUUGUGUUUUUUGUGAUGAGAUUUUUAAAGAGUACAGUGAUCUAGAUCUUCACUAUGAACUACACGUGAACAAGAAGAUCCAUGUUGAAGGAGAAAAAAUUGACAGUAUCGUAAAACACCGCAAAAGACAUGUUAAAACGGGGCAAAUUGCUAAUGUUGUAAAACUCCGCAAAAGACAUGUUAAAACGGGGCAAAUUGCUAAUGCUGUAAAACACCGCAAAAGACAUGUUAAAAAAGACGAUAUUGAUAAUGCUGUAAAACUCCGCAAAAGACAUGUUAAAAAAGAAGAUAUUGAUAAUGCUGUAAAACUCCGCAAAAGACAUGUUAAAAAAGACGAUAUUGAUAAUGCUGUAAAACUCUGCAAAAGACAUGUUAAAAAAGAAGAUAUUGAUAAUGCUGUAAAACUCCGCAAAAGACAUGUUAAAAAAGACGAUAUUGAUAAUGCGGUAAAACUCCGCAAAAGACAUGUUCAAGAAGAAAAAAUUGAUGUGGAAAAACUUCACAAGAAACAUGUUAAAGGAAAAAAAAUUGAUGUGGAAAAACUCGACAAGAUACAUGUUAAAGAAGAGGAAAUUGAUAACUUGAAUUAUUUUCAGUGUAACUUGUGUGAAAGAGAAUUUGAUUUAUACCCUGAUUUAGAAGAACAUUGUAAAAUACAUAUGGAAUAUGAAGAAUCUCCUAUCAUAGGACAAAAUGUUAAAGAAAGCGAAUCUAUUGCAAGUACUUUAUAUCAAUGUACAUUAUGUCAAAUUUGCUUUGAGCAAUAUUUUGACCUGGAAGAACAUUGUAAACUUCAUGGAUAUCAAUGUACAGGCAGAGUUAGGUCUUCCAUUAGGUACAUGUAUAUUUAA